AUGAGCGCCGAAACUGAAACUUUCUCAUUCCAAGCUGAAAUCUCUCAGUUAAUGAGCUUGAUCAUUAACACUUUCUAUUCCAAUAAGGAAAUCUUUUUGCGUGAAUUGAUCUCUAAUGCCUCUGAUGCCUUGGACAAGAUUCGUUAUCAAUCUUUGACUGACCCAUCCGUUCUCGAAUCUGGCAAGGAUCUUUAUAUCCGCGUCAUUCCCGAUAAAGAACAUAACAUUCUGUCUAUUCGUGAUACAGGUGUUGGUAUGACCAAGGCCGAUUUGGUUAACAAUUUGGGUACUAUUGCCAAGUCUGGCACUAAGGCCUUCAUGGAAGCCCUUUCCUCUGGUGCCGAUAUCUCAAUGAUUGGUCAAUUCGGUGUUGGUUUUUACUCUGCUUACCUUGUUGCUGACAAGGUUCAGGUUAUCACCAAGCAUAAUGAUGAUGAACAAUAUAUCUGGGAAUCUGCUGCUGGUGGCUCUUUCACUAUUACCCGAGAUACAGUAAAUCCUUCUUUGGGUCGUGGUACUGAAAUGCGUCUUUUCUUGAAGGAAGAUCAAUUGGAAUACCUCGAAGAACGCAGAAUUAAGGAUAUUGUUAAGAAGCACUCUGAAUUCAUCUCUUAUCCUAUCCAAUUGGUUGUUGAAAAGGAAAUUGAAAAGGAAGUUUCUGAUGACGAAGCUGAAGAAGUUACCACUGAAGGUGCCAAGAUUGAAGAAGUUACCGAUGAAGAUGAAAAGAAGGAACAAAAGAAGAAGACCAUCAAGGAAAAGGUCACUGAAAACGAAGAGCUCAACAAGACCAAGCCUCUUUGGACUCGUAAUCCUGAAGAUGUCAAGCCAGAAGAAUAUGCUGAAUUCUACAAAGCCCUUACCAACGAUUGGGAAGAUCAUUUAGCUGUCAAACACUUCUCCGUUGAAGGUCAAUUAGAAUUCCGUGCUAUCCUCUUUGUUCCUAAACGUGCUCCCUUUGAUUUGUUCGAGAGCAAGAAGAAGAGAAACAACAUCAAGCUUUAUGUCCGUCGUGUCUUCAUCAUGGAUGACUGUGAAGAGUUGAUCCCUGAAUGGCUCGGUUUCGUUAAGGGUGUUGUGGAUUCUGAAGAUCUUCCUCUCAAUAUUUCUCGUGAGAUGCUUCAACAAAAUAAGAUAUUGAAGGUCAUUCGUAAGAAUCUUGUCAAGAAAUGCCUUGAAAUGUUCCAAGAAAUUGCUGAAGACAAAGAACAAUUUGACAAGUUCUAUGAAGCCUUCAGCAAGAAUCUCAAACUUGGUAUCCAUGAAGAUUCUCAGAACCGUGCCAAGCUUGCUGAAUUGUUGCGCUUCUAUUCCACCAAGUCUGGUGAUGAAAUGACCUCUUUCAAGGAUUAUGUCACACGUAUGGGUGAAAAGCAAAAGAACAUUUAUUAUAUCACUGGUGAAUCCCGUACUGCUGUUGAAAACUCUCCAUUCCUCGAAGGUUUUAAGAAGAAGGGUAUUGAAGUUCUUUUGAUGACCGAUCCUAUUGACGAAUAUGCUAUCACUCAGUUAAGAGAAUAUGAGGACAAGAAGUUAGUAUGCAUUACCAAGGAAGGUGCCGAAAUUGAAGAAGAUGAAGAAGAAAAGAAAGCUCGUGAAGAAGAGAAAAAGGAAUACGAAGGUCUCUGUAAGACUGUAAAAGACAUUCUCGGUGACAAGAUUGAGAAGGUCGUUCUUUCUCAAAUCUUAACUGACUCCCCUUGCGUCUUGACUACUGGUCAAUUCGGUUGGUCCGCUAACAUGGAACGUAUCAUGAAGGCCCAAGCUCUUCGUGAUUCUUCAAUGUCCAGCUACAUGGCUUCUAAAAAGACUUUCGAACUCAAUCCUACUCAUCCCAUCAUCAAGGCUCUUAAGGAGAAGGCUAGUGCUGACGCCAACGACCGCACUGUCAAGGAUCUUGUUACCUUAUUAUUCGAGACCUCUCUCUUGACAUCUGGUUUCUCUUUGGACGACCCCAGCUCUUUCGCUACUCGUAUUAAUCGUAUGGUUUCUCUUGGUCUCAGUAUCGACGAGGAAGAACUUGAAGAAGCUCCUGCUGAAAGUACUGAAGCCCCUGCCGAGGAAGUUUCUGAAACCUCCAAGAUGGAAGAGGUUGAUUAAACCAGCUGAUUUAAUUUCUUCCUUCUGUAUAUAUCACUUUUUUAUUUAUCUUCAUAUAUGUAUUUAUCCAGUGUUUUAAUCCUUUCUAGCAUUCAUAUCCCUUUUCAUUUAUAAUUACAUUUUCAAAUUAGAUUCUAGUUUGUUAAACUAUUGCAAAUAGUUUGUAAUAAAAGAUAUAUUCUCUCUGCAUGAGCCACUGAAAAUGCCUUGUGUUAAAGCCUUAUUUUGGUUCGGCAUUAUGCCAAUAAUGUUCUCAUAGAUAGAUAACAAUGUAACCCAACCUUUCCGGAACGGUGUUGGUUGUCAUGGAAUUAAAUAAUUCGUUUAGAAAGUAUCUGUCAGCUUCGAUUCAGGAAAGCAAGGAUAAUGCGUUUCCGGAGGGCAGUUGUAACUGCCCAAUAAGCUUCCA